ACACACACACACACACACGCACGCACACAGUAAGGUGUGGCUUCUAUCCAACACAGAGCUUCCGUCUUCCAACGCAAGAAGCACAUCUGCGCUACAGACAGAACGCGCAGGACCUGUCCGAGUUGGGACAGCAGAGUUCACUUUUCAACUGGUUGUUGUGUUUUCAUUUUCUUAACAACGAGCCUGGAUUACAACAGACAGCGAACAUGAGUAUGUACGACUCUCAAUCGAGGAUGAACACACUCGGCCAGAGAAGUGGUUCUCGGCCCGAUCUGUCAGGUGCGAGUUUCAGGAACGACUGUGGACCCAUGAUGCACGUCGGUGGAAACGGCUAUCAGGGAGAAUAUAACGACGGCUACAACCAGGUGUACACGACUUACUCCAAAUCGUCGAUGCACGGUGGUGGUAGUCUCGGCGGAGGACAACAGAAAUUGGUUUACAGCACUGUCGGUGGAGGUGGAGGUGGAGGCGGAGGCGGAGGUGCAAAUGGGAUCCAGAACAAAGCGUUGUUUCUGCACAGUCAGUGUCAGGAGUACCUGCAGAGAGCCCAGCAUAUCAUCAAGACGGUGAGUGUGUAACACACACACACACAC